AUGCGACUUCGCGGUGUGUUUCGUGCAGCCAAGCUGCCCAACGGACAACGCGCCAUUGGCACAAAAUGGGGUUUCCGCCAAAAGUAUGGCAUCGACUACACGGAUACAUUUUCGCCCGUGAUCAAGUAUGUGACGCUGCGAACGGUGAUCGCAAUUUCCAGGCAUUUUGGAUGGCCCAUCGACCAGCUUGGUGUGGUGACGGCUUUCCUGUAUGGCAUCAUUAAGGAACAAGUGUUCUAUGUGAUUCCUGAAGGCGUUGGACUUGAUAGUGCGUUCGACUGCCUGGAAUUGGUGAAGUCAAUUUACGGCCUCAAGCAAGCGUCGCGAGUGUGGAAUGAGAUGUUCGACGAGUUUUUGUGCUUCAUUGGAUUUCGAGUAUCGGACUUCGACCCAUGUCUCUACAUCAAGACUUCGGACGGCCAUUGUGUAUUUGUACUGGUCUACGUGGACGACGUCUUGACAGCGGCAAAUGUACAUUUGUUCUUGGGAUCGAGCUUUUUGGACGGUGAAGAUGGCAGUGUGACUCUGUGUCAGCGCCGUUAUGUCGAUGAUAUCCUCAAGCGCUUUGGAAUGGAGGAGUGCAAGGCUGUGGCGAGUCCUGUGGAUGUCAGCUCUCGACUGAUGUCAAGCAACACUGCGAGCAAGAUCGAUGUUCCGUUCGUGAAGCGAAUCUCCAAGAAGAACACUGAGUUGCGGUCAAGCGCAUCUUUCGCUACCUACAAGGCACCAAGAUGCAUGGAAUUUGCUACAAGCCAAGUGCAAGGAUCAACUUUCGUGGCUAUUCGGACGCAGACUGGGCCGGCGACCUUACUGAUCGCAAGUCAAUGUCUGGCUACGUUUAUGCUAUUGGGUGCUCCAGUGAGUUGGGGCAGCAAGAAGCAGCCAACUGUGUCACUGUCUACAAGUCAAGCGGAGUACAUUGCGCUAAGUCUGGCCAUCCAGGAAGGCAAGUGGAAUUACCGCUUACCAUGCGAGAUCAUGGCGGCUGCUAACGAGGACGGACCCGAGCUCACGAUCCGCAAAGACAACCAGUCCUGCAUCAAAAUGACCAAGAAUCCGGUCAACCACGGCCGCGCCAAAUACAUUGAUAUCAAGUACCAUCACAUUUGCGAUGAAGUGAAGCGUGGUGAAGUGAAGCUUGGAUACUGCGAGACGAAGGUGAUGUUGGCAGACAUUAUGACCAAGGGACUUCACGGACCGCGCCACAAGGACUUAACGGCGGCGCUAGGCAUCUGUGCACGUUUGGAUUAA